AUGGCGCAGGUCGACUCCUUAGAUCUCGUGGUCUUGACUGUCCUCCUUGUGGGCAGUGUGGCAUAUUUUACGAAAGGAACGUACUGGGCCGUUCCCAAAGCCUCUGCUGCAAUCUAUGGUUCCGCCAACGGUAUGCCCAAGGAGGGCAAAACAAGAAACAUCAUCGAGAAAAUGGACGAAACUGGAAAGAACUGCGUCGUCUUCUUUGGAUCUCAAACAGGAACGGCAGAAGAUUAUGCGUCCCGUCUUGCAAAAGAAGGGGCUCAACGGUUUGGUUUGAAGACAAUGGUCGCUGACUUGGAGGAUUACGACUUCGAGAAUCUGGAUCAAUUUCCUGAAGAUAAGCUCCAGCUUUGGCACUUUGAUAUCAUGUCCUGCUCUUCGCUUCUCACUACCCCGCCAGAGGGGCUGGUUGGGCUUCAACAACAAGGCGAACUCCUCAUCAGCUCUGCCCACCUUCAUCGCAGGCGGCACGCCCAUCAAAUAUCCGAGCAAGAGUACCAAGAAAGAAAGAUGGCCGCCGAACCUGAAUAUGUCCCCCGCUCCACCGAAACCGUUUACCACAUCGCUCGGGAAGUGGUUCAACUUCUAAAGCAAUCAGGCGAGACUCUCGCCGUUUCUGAAUCGCUCACAGGCGGCGGAGUAAUGGCCACUCUGACAUCUGUCGAAGGGUGCAGCGCUGUUUUCCGCGGCGGAGUCGUGUCCUACGCCACCCCAGUCAAACAACAUCUCCUCAAGGUCGACGGGGAUCUCAUCGCUGAACACGGUGUCAUCCAUGCUGAUGUUGCCGCCCAAAUGGCUGCCGGAGCCAGGACUGUCACCACCCACCAAGACAUGGCUCCGACUUCCUGGGGCAUUGGAACAACAGGGGUAGCAGGACCUGAUCCCCAGGACGGGAAACCGGCUGUAUCCGAGAAGCUCGGCGACAACUUCAAGCUAUUCACUGCUUUCUCUCCGGGAGACCGACAAGAAAGUGCCACAUUCUACGUCUGUGGAGAUGCUGCCAAUAUGGCUCGUGAAGUCAACGCCAUCCUCGCGCAGAUCAUUUCUGAACAGCGUGGUCUUCCUCCUGAAAAGGGCGAGGAGCUUGUCAAGAACAUGCGCAACAUGGGAAUGUAUCAAGAAGAUGUGUGGUCAUGA